CUCUGCCUAGUGCUGUAGACUCAAUUGAUUUUCAGUCCUGAGAACUGAAGACAAAAGGAUGUUCACGUCAUUCAGAAAGCAUGCUGACCUUAUAGGUGGUUAUUCAAGGCUUCACCGCAUAAGGAAGCGCUCUUCUAUUAAGGUGGACACCCACAGCGAAAGCACUACAUCAUCUGAGGGUGCCGCCCAUACCCUGCUUAUCCACGGCUCUGUUGAGCUCAAGAGAGGCUGGAGGAGGCAGAAGGUGCAACUCUUCUUGUUCAGCGAUUUGUUGCUGAUUUCCAAUACCAAGUAUAAGAAAAAGUUUAAGAUAAAAAAUCAAAUACCACUGAACACCAUGUGGACUGCCAACUGUAUGGACAGAGUGGAGGCUGCCAACAUCUGUGCUGGGAGGUCCUUUGUCCUGGGCUGGCCCACGGUGAACUUUGUGGCCACCUUCAGUUCUUCGGAACAAAAGGAAAAAUGGCAUUCUUUCCUUCAAAGGUACAUCAGUCUAGCCAAAGAGAAGGACCAGCCAAAAAGCAUUCCUCUCAGAAUCUUCACUGAGGACAUCAAGAACUGUGCCUGUUCUGUAACUGUAACAGUAACAAAUUCAGACACAGCAAAUGACAUUAUCAACAUGUCAUUACCAAUGCUAGGAAUAACUGGCUCUGAGAAGGACUACCAGCUGUGGGUGAGUGCUGGCAAGGAAGCGUCCCCACACCCACUCAUUGGACAUGAACAUCCCUAUGUAAUUAAAAUGAGCCAUCUUCCAUCUACCACACUGCUGCCGCAGACACCAGAGGACUCCAUCUCUCCUUCCACCCUCCAGGAGUCCCUCCUUCUGGAGCAGGGGCUCGCAGAGAUGCAAGGCCAGUUAAUCCUGAAGCCCAGAACAACAACUACUAUUACUAAUCUCACUUCUUCCCUAGAUUGCAGCCGGAAGAGAGAUAAAACAUGUCCUUUAAGAACGUGGGCCAUUCAAAAGGUCUCCACCACUUCCAAGGGGAACCAGUGCAGAGCCCCAACUUCUGGAAAGCCAGGACAGCUCUUUGGAGUUUCCCUCAUGGAUGUGUGUGAUAAAGACAACCUGCCCACCCCGGUUCUGGAUAUGCUUUCCUUUAUUAAUCAAAAGGGGCCAGUCACAGAAGGCAUCUUCAGAAAAUCAGCCAAUAUAAAAUCAUGCAGAGUCCUAAAGGAGAAACUAAAUUCUGGGGACAAAGUGAACCUGGACAGCGAAUCUGUUCUUGUGGUCGCAUCGGUCUUAAAGGAUUUUCUUAGAAAUAUCCCAGGAAGUAUAUUUUCAUCUGAUCUCUAUGACCAAUGGCUCGGUGUUAUUGAUCAAGGGAGCGAAGAGGAGAAGAUAACUGCAGCCCAGAGGCUUUUAGCGCAGCUGCCAAGAGCAAAUGUCGUUCUCGUGCGAUACCUUUUUGGAGUGUUAUACAACAUUGAGCAACAUUCCUCAUCCAAUCAGAUGACCGCUUAUAAUUUAUCAGUGUGUAUAGCCCCAAGCAUUCUUUGUCCACCUAAUUCCUGCAACUUGGAAUUGGAAGGCAACUUCAUCAAAAAGAUUUCUCUUGUACAAUUUCUCAUUGAAAAUUGCCUCAGGAUAUUUGGAGAAGACAUCACUUCCCUCUUGGGGGAGAACUCAAUGAGUCUUGAUAACAGCGAGAAGGCUGCAGACUCCGGCCAGAAGAGAGUUAAAAUGCGUGCCUUAGGAGCCUGGGCCUUUCAGAAGGGCUCCAGAACUUGCCAGGGGAACCAGUGCAGAGUCCCACCUUCUGCAAAGCCAGGAGAGCUCUUUGGAGUUUCCCUCAUGGAUGUGUGUGAUAAAGAAAACCUGCCCACCCCGGUUCUGGAUAUGCUUUCCUUUAUUAAUCAAAAGGGGCCAGUCACAGAAGGCAUCUUCAGAAAAUCAGCCAAUAUAAAAUCAUGCAGAGUCCUAAAGGAGAAACUAAAUUCUGGGGACAAAGUGAACCUGGACAGCGAAUCUGUUCUUGUGGUCGCAUCGGUCUUAAAGGAUUUUCUUAGAAAUAUCCCAGGAAGUAUAUUUUCAUCUGAUCUCUAUGACCAAUGGCUCGGUGUUAUUGAUCAAGGGAGCGAAGAGGAGAAGAUAACUGCAGCCCAGAGGCUUUUAGCGCAGCUGCCAAGAGCAAAUGUCGUUCUCGUGCGAUACCUUUUUGGAGUGUUAUACAACAUUGAGCAACAUUCCUCAUCCAAUCAGAUGACCGCUUAUAAUUUAUCAGUGUGUAUAGCCCCAAGCAUUCUUUGUCCACCUAAUUCCUGCAACUUGGAAUUGGAAGGCAACUUCAUCAAAAAGAUUUCUCUUGUACAAUUUCUCAUUGAAAAUUGCCUCAGGAUAUUUGGAGAAGACAUCACUUCCCUCUUGGGGGAGAACUCAAUGAGUCUUGAUAACAGCGAGAAGGCUGCAGACUCCGGCCAGAAGAGAGUUAAAAUGCGUGCCUUAGGAGCCUGGGCCUUUCAGAAGGGCUCCAGAACUUGCCAGGGGAACCAGUGCAGAGUCCCACCUUCUGCAAAGCCAGGAGAGCUCUUUGGAGUUUCCCUCAUGGAUGUGUGUGAUAAAGAAAACCUGCCCACCCCGGUUCUGGAUAUGCUUUCCUUUAUUAAUCAAAAGGGGCCAGUCACAGAAGGCAUCUUCAGAAAAUCAGCCAAUAUAAAAUCAUGCAGAGUCCUAAAGGAGAAACUAAAUUCUGGGGACAAAGUGAACCUGGACAGCGAAUCUGUUCUUGUGGUCGCAUCGGUCUUAAAGGAUUUUCUUAGAAAUAUCCCAGGAAGUAUAUUUUCAUCUGAUCUCUAUGACCAAUGGCUCGGUGUUAUUGAUCAAGGGAGCGAAGAGGAGAAGAUAACUGCAGCCCAGAGGCUUUUAGCGCAGCUGCCAAGAGCAAAUGUCGUUCUCGUGCGAUACCUUUUUGGAGUGUUAUACAACAUUGAGCAACAUUCCUCAUCCAAUCAGAUGACCGCUUAUAAUUUAUCAGUGUGUAUAGCCCCAAGCAUUCUUUGUCCACCUAAUUCCUGCAACUUGGAAUUGGAAGGCAACUUCAUCAAAAAGAUUUCUCUUGUACAAUUUCUCAUUGAAAAUUGCCUCAGGAUAUUUGGAGAAGACAUCACUUCCCUCUUGGGAGAGAACUCAAUGAGUCUUGAUAACAGCGAGAAGGCUGCAGUGACAGAAAAACAACCUCUUGAAUCCAAGCCAGUGAGAGUGGAAGUGAUUUACAAAAAGGCACAACUGCAGUAUGAUACCAAGACCGCAUCUGGCAUGGGUCCACCCAGCUACCUGUCUACAGUUUUCUAAUUCACUGAAGACUAGAAUCUCCAUAAUAACACUUGACUCUUCCUUUUUAUUUUUUAUAAAAUAGAAAAUGAAAUGAACUCCUUUUCCAAUGAAUAAAAAAUGAGCCCCUUCCAAGGAACUCGCUCAUCCCAUUUGAAUUUUUCUUCUCCCUCAUCUCGUAUUAUCCAUAUUGAGGAAAUCUUCCCACAAAGUAUCUCCUCUGUCUUCAAUGCCUACCAUAUCAUAUUAUGUACUCUUUGUACUG